AUGUCACCGGCAAACUUCGGAGAAAAACGAGGUGCCGUUACACACGGAACAUCGAGAACGUGGGCCACACUAACUCUCGCCCGUAAUCAGGCGACUCAUUCACAACGUAUUACGUACGGUCGACGAAACGCGGGUGAAAACACGGAAUCAACCCUGAGCGACUGCGCGCACGUGUUCCUCAUCAGUGGUAUCUGCAACUCUAUCUACGAACUGUUAAUUACGCCCCGUUGUUUGCACGUUGUUUGUGGUAAACUCGUUCCGUUGGAACAAUCGGAUCGCCUCGAAACGAUCGCCCAUUCAAACAGCCCGCCCGACAACCUCGUCGGGGUGACGAAAAAGGAAAAAAGAAGUGCGUCGCGCGAUUUCGCGGUGAGAGGACUGUGGCCGAGUCGACUGCAAGAAAGAGCACACGAAGAGAGAUUUCCUCGGCAGGUCGCCACUAUACGCAUAUACACACAUCAGCUGUACCAUCGCCGCGAUCGAUACUGUCUCACUCUUUCGUCUCGCUUAAGAUCAAACGACGCGAUCUUGAACACCGACCGAUUCCCGGCUUUCGGCAUGGCUCCGGCAAUCAAGAUCCUCGUCUUGGCCUGCGCUCUGCUCGUUACAGCGAUGGCCACUGAAUCGGAUAGUGAGGGGCAGCAAUCUGGCAGAUCGCGAGUUUCUGACGAACAACUGAACGUGGCCCUGAGCGACAAACGUUACUUGAACAGACAGCUUAAGUGCGCCUUGGGAGAGGCGCCGUGCGAUCCCGUUGGACGACGUUUGAAAAGUUUAGUGCCGCUGGUUCUGAGAGGUUCCUGCCCGCAGUGCAGUCCCGAAGAGACACGUCAGAUCAAGAAGGUCCUUUCUCACAUUCAGCGAUCCUUCCCGAAGGAGUGGAACAGGAUAGUGCAACAAUACGCCGGAGUUCUGUAAACGAGAUACGAUAUAAACACACCAGCCACGAGACUGGAUGUACUAAAUAUAGUGAGAAAGGAUACAAUGAAUCACGUAUGGGAACACCGUCGAUCACAUUCAUUUAUUUAAUAAUAUUGUUAUCGAAUGCACAAGAAAAAUAUAGCUCGAUCGAAAGAGAUAUAUUUACCUUCCAUUUGUGAUAUGAGUUUUUUUUGUUCAACCCAAGUUUUUUUAAUAAAAAUCAAUAAAAUCUAACUAACCGGCUCCCAAAAUUCAAACAAUUUAUAAUUAAGGAUAAAUGAAAGUAAAUAACUGCGAAUAAAUAAUCAAGUUUUUUUGCUAUUUAGGUUUUCAAAGAAUACGAAAAAGUGAGGAUUAUUUUUUUUAUUAUUUCUAUUACAUUACCAAACAGCUCUCUAUUUUAAGAGACCAGACUCCGCUCUCUUUUAUAUUUUGGAAUAAUUUGAGAGGGAAAUUUCGCUUGUAACUAAAAAAUCCAGAUUAUAAAUGGACGGUUAAAAUAUCAUCAAAAGCACAUAGUAAGAUAAUUUUGCACGUAGAAAGGUAACUUUGAUAUGUGAAGAUUUUAUCUGUAUUAUCUAUUAUUCUAUCUAUGUAAUGUGUAUGUUAUCUGUAUUAUCUAUUAUUUAUGUAAAAUGCUGUGUAUAAAUUCUGUUCGCACAUUUGACAUAUUUUAUUUUAAUAAAGUUUAUUAUACGUUUCUUAUACGUAUAAUAUACGUUUCAU